AUGGCAAACACAAAGACAGAGAAACGUUUACAGGAUCUUGUAGAAGAAUAUAAAAAGUCAGGAGAAGACUACAAUACUGUCAAUAAGCCCCGUGCACUUCCUAUUCACGUUAAGCGCGACCUGUUAAAUAAUGAACACCGUAACGUUGUUGAAAAAGAACCACGUCGGAUAAGAGAAGAUCCAGUGGCAUUCAUGCUGAAUAUGGGCCUAUAUUAUCAAGGCGCUGGAUGGCGUGGAUACACAGAUUACAUUGGAACAAAGAUUCUUUAUCCAGGUUAUUCACAAAAAAUGAGAAAGAUGGUUCUAGAAAUGCAAGAAAUUAUUCAAUUGCUUGCAGAUCAUCAAACAAAAGUUUUGGUAGCACAAAAGAAAUGGAAAGAAAAUGACAAAAGAAUUGAGAGGCAAAGAAAGGCACUUCGAAAAGAGCUUGAAGUGGUUGCUGCUGCCAUUGUAAAAAAAGCAGUGGCUACACCAGACAGUAAACGCACUUUGAGAUUCUUUGCGUUCGUUGUGAACAAUAUUCUUGUACGACUCUAUCAUCAAGGGGUUCACAUUCGAGAAAGUGAAUGGGUUGAGUUAAAACGAGUGGCAUUGAUUGCUCAAGAGAAAAAGCAAUCAUUGAUAUUUCUACCCUCUCAUAAAUCACAUAUUGACUAUCUAGUUGCAUCUUACUUGAUGUUUAGAUUAGGUAUCCAAAUCCCACAUAUUGUUGCAGGAGAUAAUCUUGAUAUGCCUGUUGUGGGCAAAUUACUCAAGUCAUCUGGCGCAGUCUAUAUUCGUAGAGAAUGGGGAAAUGAUGAACUCUAUAAGACUAUUUUAGAAGAAUACAUGGCUACUUUGUUGUCUGAAGGAAUGAACUUUGAAUGUUUUGUGGAGGGAACACGUUCAAGACUAGGCAAAUUACUUCAACCUAAAUUAGGCGUCGUCAAAAUAAUCUUGGAUGCUCUUAUUGACCAACGUUUCUCAGAUUGUUACAUUGUACCUAUCUCAAUUGGUUAUGAUAAAAUCAUUGAAACUUCAAGUUAUGCAACUGAGCUACUUGGCACACCAAAAGAGAAAGAAAGUUUGUGGGGUGUACUGACAAACACUCGGUUAUUACAACUCAAAUGGGGUCGUGUUGAUGUUCGUUUAGGAAAGCCUUAUUCCUUAAAAGAAUGGUUAGAUGAUCAGAUUAACAUGAGGAGUCCUAUUGAUGCCACUGAUCCUAUUCAAAAGUCUAUCUUACUCAAGUCACUUGGUUAUAGAGUAUUGGCUGAUAUUAAUGCUAUUUCUGUUAUUAUGCCUUCUGCCUUAGUUGGUACGGUUAUUUUAACAUUAAGAGGUAGAGGUGUUGGUCGAAGUGAACUUAUUCGACGUGUUGACUGGCUCAAGAAGAUCAUUGAAAGCAAAGGUGGGCAAGUUUCUGAAUUCCAUGACAUGUCUACUGGAGAAAUUGUUGAUAAAACUGUUGUGAUCCAUAAGGACUUAAUUGGUGAGAGAAAGGGUAAAGAUAUUGUUGAACCUACAUUCUACCCUAUUGCCGCUUUUGAGUUAUCUUACUACCGUAACCAAGUCAUUCAUUUAUUUGUGGAAGAAGCUAUAGUAUGUGCUGCACUUUAUACUGUGGUAAAGAAAGGUGGUGGAAAACCUUUACAACGCAUGACUUAUCAAGAUUUGUUGGAUGAAGUUUCCUUUCUCUCUAGUUUGUUAAAACUAGACAUGAUUUAUAAGCCAGGAGGUGUAGAGAACAAUACCAGACGUACAGUUCAAUGGCUUACGGAUAAUAAUGUGAUUGAAUUAAGCGAUGAUGGCUGGGUAGGCCUAGCUGAUUUAGAAAGACAAUGUGGUAGAGAGAAUUAUGAUUUUCUGUGCUUCUUAAUUUGGCCAUUUAUUGAAUCUUACUGGCUUGCUGCUGUCAGUCUAUUCACGUUGGCACCACCUAGUAUGACAGCAGGCCAACAACCCAUUUGGGUUGAUAGUGCAUUGUUUUCUAACCGAACGCAAUCCCUUGGAAAGACCCUCUAUUAUCAAGGUGAUCUGAGCUAUCUAGAAGCUGUCAAUAAGGAGACACUGAGUAAUGCGUUUAUGCGUUAUCAAGAGCAGAAUAUCUUGCUCAAGAAACGUCACAACAGUCCCAAACCAUGGUCCGAAGUAGCCAUCAGUCCAGAUUAUACACCAGAACGCCAAAAUGGUGUGCUCAUUCCUAGAGGCCAUCUAUGGGAACUAGUAGAGCGAAUUGGUCGAUUUAGAAGAGAGGGCAAAAAUAGAAGAGAUAAUGCAACAGAUUAUUUGCCCCUGAAAGUGAGUACUAGAGUGCUUCGACUAGCAGACAUUUUAGGUGAAGAUAAUUGUGUUCCUUCUGCAAAUCAAAAAACUAUUGCCAAAAAACUGAAUGAAAAUAAAGCCAAGAUGUAA